AUGACUAGUGAUAUUUACUUGGAAGAAAGAAUUGAGUUGUUAGAAGUUGGCAAAAGGUUACGUACAAAUGAAUUUACAUUACUGCGCCCCAAACGUAUGCUUUCAUCGCCAUUCUCCAAAGGCAAGAAAACCAUCCAAUCGCAAAGUAAAUUAAAUUUGUACGCUUGUGAUGGACGCUUACGUCUUAUUCGAAUUUUGAAGUUCACACCUGAAAGUGAAAAUAUUCAGUCGCAAACAGUGCAUGAAGAAACUCGAAUUUACAGCUGCGAAAACCUUAGUGAGGUGCUUAAUGCAAUAGUCAAUGUAGAAAAAGGUAAUGCAGAAAAAUUGCCGUCAAAGUUCAGUGAUCCUGCUUAUGCAAGAUGUUAUCAUAAGACCAUAGUCACGGAAGACGGAAACUAUAGAAUAGUCGGAUUUAUGGAACUGAGAUGUCCCGGAAGCUUUAAAGAACCAGACAAGAAACUGAUUGCAAGAAUUGAUGAAACUUACAAGAGAGAUGGCAUAAAAUUACAAGCUUGCAAUCUGCGCUCCUAUGAUCAACAAAUUGGUCUUAAUAAGGGAUUACUACUUAUUGAAACUGCCUUGGAAAUAUCGAAAAAGACAACUUCAUUUUUCUGGCAGGAAGAGCGUACCUAUAUGACUGAAAAGCAUGAAAAAUGGAACAGAUCUUUGCUCUCGAGUCAUUAUCUAUCAGCCCAAAAGCGAUUGGAGCACUUGGGCAUUGUGAUAGCUCAUCAGAAAAAUCUUAUCACUGCCAAAUCAAGUGAUGAUUCUCCUCCAAAUUCAGAACAUUCGCCACAUCGUUUAUCUGUGAAGGAAAACGAUACCAAAACAGCGAAAGGUCAGACUAAUUCUAGAAGUUCUCCACCCACAGCUGUUCACAGACCAUCAACUACGAAUACUGCUGUAUCACCUUCUGAUAAUUUAAUGCACAAACAUGGGAUUCGAGAAGAUCAUUUUUCUUCUUGGAAGUCUGGAAAUAUCUGGCGUAAACAUUCCAAUUUGGCAACAUCACAGAAACAACAAGACAAAAAAACGAAAAGCGUGCAAACAGAAGUUGAUGAGCUGGCAAAAGUGCCAAAAAACGUUUCCCAUGUAACCGACGACGUAACUCAAUUGGAUUUCAGUUCAGAAAUCAGCUCUCAAGUCAAUAUUACAGCAAGUGAAAAAAUUUCCCACGAUGAUAAUGAAGUGACAGUUUAUUUUGGCGGCCAAGAAGGAUUGGAUGUUGCAAUCUCGACUGAUUUCAGUUUCAAGCUCAAGGAUGAGUCAGGAACGGAUGUAAGCUGUUACCAAUUGAAAGAAAUUAGUGUUGAUGAUCAUAUUGUUUAUAAGAAAGAUUAA